UGCUGCUCCGUCUCCAUUCUUUGAGCCUCUCUUUGUGUUGCACUGCUGUGUCUACUGCUGUACAAAACCCACACUCAAACUCUUGGCUUGCCGGAUGGAGGCAAAGGCAGAGGAUGAAGCACCUAGCUCAGAGCCCAUAGAGAGUAAGAGCCGGUUAGAUCACAUCAGCUCUGAAGAUUCUUUCCACCAUCCCAAUGGGGAGAAAAAUUACAGUACUGCAGCAUCUCGGAAUACAGGUCCUUUAAGCAGUGUGUCAUCUCUCGAGGUGAACUUUGACCUGUUGGAUCUGACAGAGCUCACUGAUGUUUCUGACCAGGAAGUUUCCGAGGUUUUUGUUGAAUUGGAAAAGGAUGAGCACAAUGACUUGCCAUCAAGUCGGCACCUGAUGCACCAUGCUGUCUCCAUGCCGUCUCCUUCCUGGAGACAUUGCCGUAAAACACAGGCUGCCCGAGAACAAAAGCACUGCAGGGAUGCUGAAACUUUACAAGACUGAGACAUACAACAGCUCCAUUUGAUUCGAACACAUGCAACUGAAAAUGAUCAAGAUGUAAUAUAGUACAGUGAUAUGUAAGAACUGAGAGUGACACAUGAUAUAACAUGCUGAAUGUACUUGGAAAUACAUUUUAGGAAACCUGUUUAUAUCAGUGAACAAGAUGAGAAUAAAAUGGUCUUUUGAAGAAAGAACAGAAAGAGACAAAGCGUGGCAUGUUAACUAAUUCGAUUGAUUGAUUUAUAUUUAUUUUAAUUAGAUUUUUAGAUUUAGAGUAAUGUUGGAAUGAUGCAUUUUUAUUAAAUAUGAAACUACUACAUGAUUAUAAUUUAUAUUAACAAUUGCUACUUCAGUCAAAUAUUGCUGUAAUAAAUGUUGCCUUGGG